AUGGCGCCUCAAGAAUUGCAUGAUGAUGGUAAACACAAGGAGGCACCUACUUCUACUUGUACGCCGCCCGGCAGCAACAGCAACCCUUCCGGCGCCGUCCACCCCACCACCUCCAGCCCGCCGUCCGACGCCUCCGGCCACCGCCCCGCCGCCGCCAACCCCUUCCCUCUCGUGCUCAAGUUUGAGGAAGUGGUGUACAAGGUGAAGGUCGGGCAGGCGACGGAGGGAUGGUGCACGAGGGUGGUGUCGUCGGCGUGCGGCGGCAGGGCGGGGACCAGGAAGAACAAGGCGGCGGCGUUGCCGCCGAGGGAGAAGACGAUCAUCAGCGGGAUGUCGGGUGCGGUGCGGCCCGGGGAGAUGCUGGCGAUGCUGGGCCCGUCCGGGAGCGGCAAGACGACGCUGCUGACGGCGCUGGGCGGGCGUCACCGGCACGCGCUGCUGUCCGGGAAGAUCACCUACAACGGGCAGCCCUUCUCCGGCGCCGUGAAGCGGCGCACGGGCUUCGUGACGCAGCACGACGUGCUGUACCCGCACCUGACCGUCUCCGAGACGCUGUGGUACACGGCGCUGCUCCGGCUUCCCCGCGCCCUCGGCGCCGGCGAGAAGCGCGCGCAGGCGGAGGCGGUGGCCCGGGAGCUGGGCCUCACCAAGGUGGCACACAGCAUGGUCGGCGGCGUGCGUGGCGUGCGCGGGCUCUCCGGCGGCGAGCGCAAGCGGGUGAGCAUCGGGCUGGAGAUGCUGGUGGACCCGAGCCUGCUGCUCCUGGACGAGCCCACCUCAGGGCUCGACUCCACCACGGCCGCGAGGAUCGUCGGCACGCUCCGCCGCAUGGCCGCCGGAGGCGGCCGCACGGUCGUGGUGACCAUCCACCAGCCGUCGUCGCGCCUCUACCACAUGUUCGACAAGGUGCUGCUGCUGUCCGCCGAGGGGCGGCCCAUCUACUACGGGCGCGCCGCCGACGCGCUCUCCUACUUCGCCUCCGUCGGCUUCGCGUCGCCGCUGUCCGUCAACCCGGCCGACCUCAUGCUCGACCUCGCCAACGGUAUCUUGCCGGAGACCAACGGCGACGGAGUUCCUGGCGGCGGGAGCGAGGGUGAGCAGAAGGAGGUGAGGGCGAAGCUGGCCGACGCAUACGCGCGCCACAUUGCGCCGGCGGUGAAGCUGGACAUAUGCUCCAGUGAGACGGCCAGCGCCGGCAUACGGCGGGGCGCCUCGGCUAGAGUGGAGUGGACGGCCGGGUGGUGCGCCCAGUUCUCGGUCCUCCUCCGGCGCGGGCUCAAGGAGCGCCGCCACGAGUCCUUCAACAAGCUCCGCAUCUUCCAGGUGCUCAGCGUCGCCUUCCUCGCGGGCCUCCUCUGGUGGCGCACGCCCGCGGCGCACCUGCAGGACCGCACGGCGCUCAUCUUCUUCUUCUCCGUCUUCUGGGGCUUCUUCCCGCUCUACAACGCCGUCUUCGUCUUCCCCCUCGAGCGCCCCAUGCUGCUCAAGGAGCGCUCCUCGGGGAUGUACCGCCUCUCCUCCUACUUCGCCGCCCGCACCGCCGCCGACCUCCCCAUGGAGCUCGGCCUGCCCACCGCCUUCGUCCUCAUCCUCUACUGGAUGGGCGGCCUCGACCCACGCCCGGCCUCCUUCCUCCUCUCCCUCCUCGUCGUCCUCUACAGCGUGCUCGUCGCCCAGAGCCUCGGCCUCGCCAUCGGAGCCGUGCUCAUGGACGUCAAGCAGGGCACCACGCUGGCCUCCGUCGUCACCAUGGUCUUCCUCAUCGCCGGCGGCUACUACGUGCAGCACAUCCCGCCCUUCAUCGGGUGGCUCAAGUGGCUCAACUACAGCUUCUACUGCUACCGCCUCCUCCUCGGCAUCCAGUUCCGCGACGGCGGCGGCGUCUACGACUGCGGUGGCGGCGCGCUAUGCCCCGUCGCCGACUUCCCCGCCAUCAAGGCCGUCGGGCUCAACAACCACUGGGUGGACGUCUGCGUCAUGGCGCUCCUCCUCGUCGGCUACCGAGUCGUCGCCUACCUUGCCUUGGACCGCCUGCAGCCGAGGUGA